AUGCUCUCCUGCACGCACAUCUGCAUUCUCGCUCUACUGCUAAUUCCAACCACCGAACAGAGUGUUCCUGAAGAUUCUGCUUCAGCAAACAACGCUGACACGUGGCGAAAUUCUGGGGGAGAUGCAGGAGGUGUCGACGUCGAGUACUACGUGCCGAGUGCGGAGGAGCGCGAAAGCCUCUACAGGGAUUUGAGAUCCCUUCGCCGCCUCCGCAACUACAAGUCGGCAUUCCCCUAUUACAAGGGGCUUGGAAGAAAGUGA